GUCACCAUGGAAACUAGCUAGCGUUUGGUGCGCGCGCAGUCCGACUUCCGUUCGCGAGCCAGACUACACAGCAGACACCGGAAGUAGUGCUAAGGGUCACGUGUGUCAGAGUUUGGGGAGAAAGAGCUCAGAGCCCGACUGAUGUGGCUGUUAAAUCUCCUAUACAAGAACCAAAGUCUAUUAUGAGAGUAUGUGACUAAAUAUGAUAAUGAACAUGGACAGGAAUCAGGUGGCUGAGAGAAUCUUGGAUCUCACCCUGGAGAUCAUCUACCUGCUGACUGGAGAGGAUCAUAUGGUCGUGAAGAAGCCUUGGGAUUGUGUCUCACACACCAGUAAUCCACAUGUAUCAGGAGCAUCAUAUACAACUCAGAAUCCAGGUGUGAUCUGCCUACCCCACUCUCUGAAACAUGAGAGCAAGAAUGACAAGAAGAUCCUGGAACUGACCAAUCAGAUCAUCCAGCUGCUGACUGGAGAGGUUCCUAUAAGGUGUGAGGAUGUCGCUGUCUAUUUCUCCAUGGAAGAGUGGGAGUAUCUGGAAGGACACAAGGACCUGUACAGGGACAUGAUGAUGGAGGGCCACCAGCCACAUAGCCUGGGAGAUAAGUCCGUAAUUGGUGAAUUUUACGCUCCUGUUUAUUUGAAUAAUUUUGGAACCAAAGAUAAAACUGAAAAUAUAACCAAAAAUGGAAGAAAAUAUCUAAAACUCAACAAACCAAAGACCAGAAAAACCUCAGAACUUAAACCAACAAAAUAUAUAUCUACCCGUACUAAGAAGACAUCAGCCAUGUGUGAAGAAGGAAAUGUUACGCACACUGACAUUUAUUUACCCACAGAACAUAUAGAAACAGAAUAUCCACCUACUUUUAUUAAGCAGGAAUUUACUUUAUAUGACGAUGUAAAUCUCCCAAACACUGAUAUCCAUGCUAUAACAAAAGAUAUGCAGACAGAAAAUUCACCCACUAAUAUAAAGGAGGAACCUGCCUUCUGCAAAGCAUUAAAUCUCACCGAUAUUCCCAAUUAUACACGAACAGAGCAUACACAGACAGUGGAUGCAUUUUCUUUUUUUGAUGGUUAUCUAGAAGACAACAGCCACAUGCCAGAUAUUGGCUAUUUCAUGCCUCUACCCUAUGAUACAUUUGUUAAUCAGAAGUCUUGUAAAUAUACACAAAAUACUCAGAACUUUGAGGCACUAUUUCACUAUUCUGAGCACCCAAAAAACUUUAUAAACUCAGAGCUUGUCAGACAUCUGUCUGCUCCCAGGGUAACCAAAGCAGCCUCUUCUGACACUGGAAAACUCAUUUUUUCUCAUUCUGAAAUUAGACCUCAAAAAAUUCACAAAGGGAAGCAAUUUUCAUGCAGUGAAUGUGGAAAGUGCUUUAACCAAAAGCCUAAACUUAAUAGGCAUCAGACAAUUCACAGAGGAGAAAGACCGUUUAAAUGUGAAGAAUGUGGAAGAUGUUUUAAUUUAAAGCAUCAUCUUAUUGCACAUCGCAAGAUUCACACAGGAGAAAAACCAUUUCAUUGCGCUGAAUGUGGGAAAUGUUUUAGCCGAGCAGCACAGCUUGUGUCCCAUAAACGAAUCCAUACAGGUGAAAAACCGUUUGUAUGCACUGAAUGUGGAGAAUGUUUCAUCAGGCCUGCACAACUUGUUUCACAUAAAUGGGUUCACACAGGAGAAAAACCAUUUAAAUGUGACGAAUGUGGUAAAUGUUUUAACUUCAAGCAUAAUCUUAUGGCGCAUCAGAAGAUUCACACAGGAGAAAAACCAUUUAAAUGUAAUGAAUGUGGAAAAUGUUUUUCCCGAGCAACACAUCUUGCGUCACACAAAAGGAUUCACACAGGAGAGAAACCAUUUAAAUGCAAUGAAUGUGGCAUAUCUUUUACCUGGGCUGCACAGCUUGCGUCACAUAAAACAAUUCAUGCUGAAUUUAAAAACAUUCCAUUCUGAGUGUGGCAAAUGUAACAAAAGUUGGUUAUUGAUCACACAGAAUCAGCUGACAGCUGUAUUGGUUACCAACUUAUGGGACAGAAGAAAACAAUUUAUUGAUCCCUAUGCAAGGGUUAGCAAAAGAUAAUUUAUUGCCUACCUCAAACCUGUGAUGACUUGUUCUAUUAUCUUAAUACUUUAUCAAAAUAUAUUUUCUACCCAAGCUGUUUAUCUUUGUGGCAAAGCACAGUUUUAUACUGGAUCAUUGAAAGUAAAAGAAAAAUUAUAUAUAUGUAUGUGUAUAUCUAGCUACCUA